AUGAAGCAUUUGGAAAUUGUGCUGAAGACUCUGAGGAGGAGGCAGUUGUAUGCGAAAUUCAGCAAGUGUCAGUUCUGGUUGGACAGAGUUAGUUUCUUGGGGCAUGUGAUCUCUGCAGAGGGUAUUUAUGUAGAUCCCCAGAAGAUUGAGGCAGUAGUGAACUGGCUACGACCAACCAGUGUUACUGAGGUACGGAGUUUCCUUGAGUUAGCCGGGUAUUAUCGUCGCUUCGUGGAAGGUUUGUCUGUAAUAGCGGCGCCUCUCACUCGUUUGACAAGAAAAGGAGUUAAGUUUGAAUGGUCAGACGAGUGUGAGAAGAGCUUUAAUGAACUCAAGACCAGGUUAACCAUCGCUCCGGUUUUGACACUUCCAGAUGAUAGUGGGAAUUUCGUUAUCUACAGUGAUGCAUCCAACAAGGACUUGGUUGUGUUAGAUGCUGGUUGGGUAGGAUUCCAGAAAUUCCAAGCGUAG